UCGUGUCGGCCGCACCGCGUGAAGCCUCCGCGCACUACACACGCCCGCCGCGAGUGUGCAAUAGUCGUGCUGUGUGCAGUGUGCUGUGCUGUGACAUGUGACGAGUGACAGCCGAGGACGCCAUGUGAGCUUGGAUACUGGCUGCUUUUACGUGGAUUCAUGUGCCGCAGCACGCGCCAGUAACGGCCCAUGGCGGCCGCGCUCGCCCUGGUGCUGCUCGCCGCCCUGCUGGCCUCCGCUGGCACUGCAGAGCGGGCGCGGCGCUCGGCAGGCGAGGCGGCCGCUGUAGAAGUGCUGCCCGCGGCGCCGGAGCACACGCACACCGAGAUGACGCAGGCCGAGAUCGACGCGGCGGCACAGGCCGAGGCCGAAGCCGCCGGGGUGCCCGCCUGGCGCGACCUGUGGUACUCCUCGCUGGAGGCGCUGCGCCGGGAGCCCACCAUCAACAACACGGAGGAGGACAUCCUGGUGCAGCUGGGCGGAGUCGCCUUCCUGCACUGUCCUGUGAGAAACCUCGGGGAGCGCGGGGUGUCCUGGGUGCGGAGACGCGACUGGCACAUCAUCAGCUCUGGAGUGUUCAUGUACACCAACGAUGAGCGGUUCCAGGUACUCCACAGUGAGGGGUCCGAUGACUGGAUUUUACAAAUUAAGUAUGUGCAAAAACGAGACAAUGGCACUUACGAAUGUCAGGUGUCGACGGGGUCGGGCACGCUGUCGCGGCUGGUGCACCUGCACAUCGUGGUGCCCGAAGCCUUCAUCCUCGGCGCGGACGAGUACCACGUGGACGCGGGCUCCACCAUCAACCUCGUCUGCAUUAUAGAGAAGAGUCCGGUGCCGCCACAGUACGUGUUCUGGUACCACAACGCGCGCAUGAUCAACUACGACGCGGCGCGCGGCGUGACGGUGGCCACGGCGCCCGGGGCGCGUACACAGUCGGCGCUGCUCAUCCGCGGCGCCGCGCCCGCGCACUCCGGCAACUACUCGUGCCGCGCCGCCAACACCGAGCCCGCGCACAUCUACGUCUACGUCUCCGAGGGCAGUGACAAGAUGGCGGCGACGCUGAGUCGCAACGGCAGCAGCGCGCGAGGCGGCUGGCUCUCCCUCCUCGUCGCGGCUUGGUCGGCCAUCUUGCGGCACUGCCUGUAGUGCAUCCAUCCGAACGUAUACAAACUCUCCACGUUUCAAAUUAACUCUAUUAUUUCGCCAGGUUAAGGUACAUUUACACAUGUGUGAAACAGGCCGAGACACACGCCGACUACCUCACAUUUCACAAAUUCAUCUCCGGUCUUGUCUUACGACCGAGCAUUGGCGACGUGGUAGUGACGCAUGUGUAAAUGAAGGGUAAGGCUUACUGUACACGGGUAACAUUAACAUUUAUGUAUCUUAACACUUUACAAAGAGCUCUCAAUUUUUCGAGAGCAGUCCCAGCGGAAUCAGUGUUUCAACGCUUUCUUGCGACUCUAGAAAGACUUUGUAAGUAGCAAUCAGAAAAGCAGGUAUUAUUGAAUUAUUUUUAAAGGAGUUCUCUCAAAUCAAACUUGCGUGGGACACGGCUCACGACGCGUAGAAGUUUAUCAAAAGAUUUAAUCUAUAAAAGUAUGUAAUAGCAAAAUAAAUUACGUGAUUACAGCGCAAUUACUAUCGGAAAAUCUAAUUGAUUCCUUCACAGUGUCGAUGAAAAGCGUUCUAGUACUUUAUGUAUCAAAAUAUUUUGGCUGCUGUUGAUUUUAAACCUAAAAAUAUUACAUUGUAGAGGACAAAUUGCUAUUUUAUUGUAAUUAAUUCACGCAAACCUUGCAACAAGUGCGUUGUAAAUUUAUGUCCCACGCAAUAUUUCAGCAGAAUUUAUAGCCUUUGUAACCCCAUUCGUGAAAAUGGUUCCGUGGCGAAAAUUACUUGCAUGGUGAUGUUUGUCGAGGGACGCAUUCUCAUAAAACAGUCACGCGUAGCUGCGCGCCCUCGCACGCGGGAACCCUAUCUGUAACUGAUGGCGCAAUUAAUCCACUUCAUUUUUACCCGGCUAUGGCAUGGUAAGAGUAAUAUGCACACCUCAACACAUGUCUUUCAAGAGGAUUUUCAUCUACUUAACUCGCAAAAAGUGACACAUGGCGAUAAAAAGCUUCUCAUUGGCAGCGCGUAGCAUCAUAUAGCGUCAUAUGCGUGAGCGAGACAAAGUUUGAGAUUACAUAUACAAUAUGUAAGAAGCUUUUUUCUGACAGGUCUCUAUACUCACGGUUUUUAUUAUGUUCUCUUGUGAAGGUGAAACCCGUGUCAGACAAGCCUAAGCGAUUUCAAUUUACUAUCAUGAACUUGUGCAAUAAUACGAGUGUGUAUGCGAGACGUUUCUGUUGAUACUUUUAAAUGUAAUUAAAUAUUAAUUCUAAUUAUAAGAAAUGAGUAUUAAAAUAAAUUAUUCUCUUCGUUUCUAUUCCAUGUGUUUAUAAUUUUAAUAAAAAGGAAUCUAAUUAAAAUUAUAAUAAUAUAAUAAAGAAUUAAUUGCUCAAAGCAAAACGUACAGAGGUUUAUUAUUCUUAACUUAAUUUGUACAAACAUUAUGUGGAUAAAAUUAAUUAAAUCGUAAGGGUGUAUUAAUUAAGUUUUGUUACUAGUGUAUUCAUCUGCGCACCAUUCAAAUUACUCUAUGAGAGCGCGCACACCGCAGACUUUUGACGAGUGUGGAAGAGCCUGGCUUCAAUACCCCUCUGAAGUAAUUGACAUUUUGCCCGCGGCUAGUUAGUGCUAGAGUUGUUUAGCAGUACUUAUGGCCAAAGACUUCUAUAGACGGGUAACGUGCUGUCAUAUUUUGAAGCAUGCUCGUAAGUGUCGUUUUACUCAAAAGUGCAUCAAAACCACGCCAGUAUUUACCUAGUCUUUGCCGCUACGCGUAAGAGUUACACACACAAGCGUACGAAUUUGUCUUCACUUUUUAAAAAUAAUAUGAGCUUUUUUUUUGCCUAGAGCUUUAUAUUAUGUUUUCAUAACAAUACAAUGAAUAGAAGCUAACUUCCAUCUUACCAUCAGUAUGAAAUUGCAUUCAAAACUUAAUAGAAACCAAAAGUCUGUGGUUUGCAGCGUCCCCAGGAGUUCAAUUAAGCUCAACGGAAUAUUUAAUGUACAUAAGUAAUUACCGAUACACUUGGUGACUGUAAAAUAUCAAUACCUUGAAGUUUGUGCGAUACAGUCGCGGAACUGACGUCAUGUAACAUAGCACUCUCCCUUGCUAAUAAACUGAUGACUCUGUUUA